UGACCUCAAAAGUUCUCUCGAUUGACCUCUCCUCGGUGCUGAUGAUUGAAUUGAUUUUCACUGAAACCCAAACUGGAUGAAUGCAGCAGCUACCUUGUAUACAUCCGACCGUGGUUUUACCCUACACAUCUUGUGAAGGGUCAGGGGGCGGAGCGAUUUGGUGAUAGGACGUGAAAGAGGGCGGGGACACUGCUUUCUCAGAGAUGCAAGAGGAGGGUAGACCACACUAUCUCAAGCAUCAUCUUGGGAGUGUUAGGGGUGUGGCUUUCUGUCCUAAGGAUAGGUAUCUCUUCUGUUCUGGAGCAUUUGAUGGCAGAGUGAACCUGUAUACAGCACAGAAAUGUGCCUUGCUUCAAAGCUACUCUGUGACAACAUUUAGUCUUGCCAGAAAUAUCAAUGCUGUGAGGUUCACAUGUGAUGGAAGAAAGAUUUUAGCCACCACGACCGCAGGACGGCUGGCAGUGGUGGAUGUAGAAACAGGAGCUCAGCUUUUGACAUACGAUAGCUGUGCUUUUAAUGGCAGAGAUAGAACUGGGUUAGCAGUGGAUCCCAAGUGCCCUCACACUGUAGUUUGUACCUGUGUCAACGGAAAGGGGUUGGCAGUAUUUGACCUCAGGAUGUCAAUUCCACUAUUAUAUGUCUAUGAUUUACAUUGUGAUGUCAUACGUGAUGUCAGCUUUCUGUCUGAUAGCUGGCCUUGGUGUUCAGGGGAAACCACAUUUGUAACUGCUUCAAUAGAUGGACAUGGGAAGGUUGUGACGAUAGAUGGACGAACCCUCCUUGACAUUCCUGCCGGUGCUACUCUCCAUUCAGUAUCUCCUACCCCAGGCCCUUACAAUGCAAUGGCUGAAGACGGCUUCUCAAGUGUAAUUAUGCUAGGUGGAAGUGAAGUUUGUGCCUACUUGCCAGAUGUUGGUGUUCAAGAGACACUCCGAGAGAACGGUGAUGAGUCAAUAUGGAAAAUCAGGUAUACAUCAAAUGGCAGUAUGUUGUAUACAGCAUGUGAAAAGGGAGUCGUUAGAAGGUAAGAGCUCACUCAAAAAUGCAAACAAACACAUAUUUUUUAUUUGAUGAAGGAAUAUAAUUUAUUCAGACUGUAACCAGAUAAACAUCAAACUCUUCAUUUAUUUCAGAAGCACGAUCACUAUAUGGGAAAGGAUAUAUAAACAUUGACGUACACAAGUACAAAAAAACACUUCAUCUAUAAAAUUGUCAGUUCGAUGAUGGAACUCGCCUGAAGAGUAUUUUCUCCCAAAUCAAUCAAUACCAUUUCAUUUUAUUUUUAAUUUGUAUAUGUUUACGCUUAGAUAAUCAGGAAUUAUUCUCUACGUGAUGUUUUGUGUAAAUGAAGAGUAUGACUUCCUGAAUUACUAGAAUUUACCAUUUCUUGAAUGUUGCCAGUAUCCUUGAUUAUCCUCCAAGAGUUGCAUUUGAAUUAAAUUGCAAACUACAUGUAUCUCUGUUUACAAGAGAAUGUUUAAUGAAUCCCUUUGUGAAUCACUUCUCAUUGAAUUGAUAUUUGGAAUGAAUUAUAUUUCAACUGUUCACAGGACAAUGCCUUCAUGGACACUAGAUCAAUUCUUUGCAAUCAUACGUGUAUCUUACUCAGGCACAAAUAGAGUUUGACAUCACAGCAAAGAACACCUCCUGGUGGGUGUUGCAUAUAGCUGUUCGUAAGUUGAGAACGACUUUAAGAACGACUGGUGAUCCUUUCUUUUGGUGAACGGUAUAUACCAUUGGCGAUGGUUUAGCAUGUAAGAAAGGUCCACCAGUCGUUCUUAAAGUCGCUCUUAGAAGACAAGUCCACCCCAACAAAAAGUUGAUUUUGAAUAAAAAGAAAAAAAAUCCAAAAAGCAUAACACUGAAAAUUUCAUCAAAAUUGGAUGUAAAAUAAGAAAGUUAUGACAUUUCAAAGUUUCGCUUAAUUUCACAAAACAGUUCUAUUCACAUCCUGGUGGGUAUGCAAAUGAGGAGACUGAUGACGUCAUCCACUCACUAUUUCUUUUGUAUUUUAUUAUAUGAAAUAUGAAAUAUUCUAAUUUUCUCCUCAUUGUCAAGUGAAACAAUGAUUAAUUCCUCCCUGGACAUGUGUAGAUAGCAUUGUUUUAUACUAUAUGGUGCAGUCAAGUUGGUCCUUAUUGCCAAAUCUGUAAAAAAUUAAAAAUUGUAUAAUUGAAACAAUAAAAAACUAAAGAAAUAGUGAGUGAUGGACAUCAUCGACUGACUCACCUAAUUGUGCAUAUCACAGUUUUGUGAAAAAUAAGCAAAACUUAAAAAUUCCAUAACUUUCUUAUUUUACAUCCGAUUUUGAUGAAAUUUUCAGCGUUAUACUUGUUUGAUUUUUCUCUAUUUAUUCAAAUCAACAUUUUUCUGGGGUGGACUUGACCUUUAACUUACGAACAGCUUUAUGAAACGGCACACAGGUGGGUGUCAUAAAGCUGUUGUAAGAUACAAAUGACUUUAUGCACAACUGGUGAUCCUUUCUUGUGCUUCGUGAUAUCCCUAUGUAAUUGAUGUAGGACCUAAGAACAUAGUCCAGUUGUGCAUAAAGUUGUGCUUAACUUUACGAACAGCUUUAUGUAACACCCACCUACAUAUCAAACUGUAAGCACAUACC